AAGUGAUUUCAACUUCUUAAAAAGUUGCUAGUUUUACGUGCAUUCGAUCUCAAUAGAUUUAUUUUUAAUUCAUUUCGAAUUCGUUAAAAACUUAAAUAACAUUGUGUCAUUUUGAUACACCAUUAUUAUAUGGGCUUUGAAGUGCUUCACGGAGGAACGACAAAUAAACGAGUGACUUUAAACCAUCGAUGCCGAGGGCCAGCGGCCGUGUGAUGCGCGCAUAUGUCUAGACUCGGAGGUACCCAGGUUCUGGGCACAGCACAGCAGGUGAAGAGGACAACCGCCGAGCACACGGCGGUGCUUAACUUUGUUGGUGGCAAACGUAGCAAGCUGUCGUCUGCGGUCUCGUUAACAGAGAUCGACGAUAUCGAGAAGAUGACGGAUACGGCCGCGGCGGCCACGGCCACGACCGAUACCACACAGAAGAGGGCGAAUUUUUCGGCGUUGACCGUUGCUAAUCCGAAUGGCGUAAGCAAGAUUUCGCCAAGCUUAGCAAGUGCAAAGCCUGGCUCCGCGAGGAAGCUUGUCAUCAAGAAUUUCAAAAAUAAACCAAAAUUGCCAGAAAAUUAUCAAGAACAAACAUGGGAAAAGCUGCAAGAAGCUGUAAUUGCCAUACAAACAAGCAAAAGCAUCCGUUAUUCUUUAGAAGAACUUUACCAAGCUGUUGAGAACAUGUGUAAUCACAAAAUGGCAUCAACUCUUUAUGCGAAUUUAACAAUACUAACAGAAUCGCAUGUUAAAGCUAAUAUUGAACAGUUUUUGGCAGAAUCCAUGGAUAGACAUAUAUUUUUGAAAAAAAUGAAUGAAUGUUGGCAAUCACACUGCAGGCAAAUGAUUAUGAUAAGAAGUAUCUUUUUGUACCUGGAUAGAACAUAUGUGUUACAAAAUCCAAGUAUAUCUUCAAUUUGGGAUAUGGGGUUACAUUUGUUUAGAUUACACAUAGUGCUAAAUAAUUUGGUGCAAACUCGUACUGUUGAAGGGUUACUUAUGCUUAUUGAAAAAGAACGACAAGGGGAUACAGUGGAUAGAACUCUUUUAAAAUCGUUAUUAAGAAUGUUGUCUGAUUUACAAAUUUACCAAGAGGCCUUUGAAUCUAAGUUCCUGGUAGCAACAGAAAGAUUGUAUGCAGCAGAGGGCCAAAGAUUAAUGAAUGAACAUGACGUUCCUGAAUAUUUAGCACAUGUAGACAAACGCCUGCAAGAAGAAAAUGAACGUUUAUUACAUUAUCUUGAUACAUCAACAAAAUGGUCUCUUAUACAUACGGUUGAGAAACAAUUAUUGUCUGAACAUAUUUCAAGCAUUCUACAAAAGGGUUUAAGUGGUUUAUUAGAUGAAAAUAGAAUUAGUGAUUUAUCAUUACUUUAUAAUUUAUAUAGUCGAGUAAAAAAUGGUCUCGUCGAACUUUGUCUCAAUUUUAAUUGUUACAUAAAGAAAAAAGGUAAAACAAUAGUUAUAGAUCCAGAAAAGGAUAAGACUAUGGUACAGGAACUCUUAGAUUUUAAGGAUAAAAUGGACAAUAUUGUUAAUACAUGUUUUCACAAAAACGAAAAAUUUGCUAAUAGUUUAAAGGAAGCUUUCGAAGCUUUCAUAAAUCAAAGAGCAAAUAAACCAGCAGAAUUAAUAGCAAAAUUUGUCGAUUGUAAGCUACGCGCAGGUAAUAAAGAAGCCACGGAAGAAGAAUUAGAACGAUUAUUAGAUAAAAUUAUGGUAUUAUUUCGUUUUAUACAUGGAAAGGAUGUAUUCGAAGCUUUUUACAAAAAAGAUUUGGCAAAGCGUUUGCUAGUAGGCAAAUCUGCAUCUGUUGAUGCUGAGAAGUCCAUGUUAUCUAAAUUAAAACAAGAAUGUGGUGGAGGAUUUACAAGUAAACUGGAAGGAAUGUUCAAAGAUAUGGAACUAAGUAAAGAUAUUAAUAUUGCUUUUAAACAGUAUGCGGGGAAUCUGCAACAUGAAUUGUCUGCAAGUAAUUUAGACUUAACAGUUUCAAUACUUACAAUGGGAUAUUGGCCAACAUAUCCCGUAAUGGAAGUUACAUUACCAACAGAAAUGGUGCAGUAUCAAGAUGUAUUUAAUAAAUUUUACUUAGGAAAGCAUAGUGGAAGAAAGUUACAAUGGCAACCUACUCUAGGGCACUGCGUUUUAAAAGCUUGGUUUAAUCAGGGCAAUAAAGAACUACAGGUAUCAUUGUUCCAAGCAUUAGUUUUAAUAUUAUUUAAUGAUGCUGAUAAUCUUUCGUUGGAAGAUAUUAAAGCUGCAACUAACAUUGAAGAUGGCGAACUUAGAAGAACUUUGCAAUCUUUGGCUUGCGGGAAAGCUAGAGUUUUACAGAAACAUCCACGAGGAAGAGAUGUAGCUGAUAAUGAUAGAUUUGUUUUUAAUGCGGAAUUUACGAAUAAAUUAUUCAGAAUUAAAAUAAAUCAAAUACAAAUGAAAGAGACGAACGAAGAACAAAAAGCAACGGAGGAAAGAGUGUAUCAAGAUAGACAAUAUCAAAUAGAUGCCGCGAUUGUCAGGAUUAUGAAAAUGAGAAAAACACUCACGCACAAUCUCCUCAUUAGUGAAUUAUACAAUCAAUUAAAGUUUCCUGUUAAGCCUGCUGACUUAAAGAAGCGGAUUGAGUCACUUAUAGACAGGGAUUACAUGGAACGGGAUAAAGAUAAUGCAAAUCAGUACAAUUAUGUCGCGUAACCUGAAUCAAAUGCCAAAAUUACGUCAGAUUGGUUCAAUUUUACAUUUUCUAGUAAAACGAAUCAAUUAAUUUUGGCGCUUGCCUAUUGUGAAUGUGUAAAGUUGAAGAAAGGAACAAAAAACUUUAACUGGUUAACUGUCAACGUGACGUUGCAGUACACAAUCAGUUCAUAAAAAAAUACCUAGAAUGGACCUCAUUGUUUUGUUUUUUGUAGUAGUGCAUACGGACACUGGACAGUUACAGUAAUUUUUCAACAGUGCUUUACUGUUAUCCUUGUGUUAUUUCUAGAUUUUGCUAAAAAGGACCAUGUGCAAAAUAUCAUCGAUAAUGCAGCAGUUUAAGAUGUACCAACAAUUUUUUAUGCUAAGCAGUUUUUCACAGCAUAUUAAAAGAUAAGCAGAUGUAGUGCAAAACAACAAACAUAAUGUAACACUGUAAUAGCUACAAUGAAAAUAACUUAAGAAAUGAGAAACAUAAUGUACUAAUUCCUUAAAAAAUCGGCGACAGUGCGUUAAUUGUAAUAGAUUUAAACUUUGCACCAUAUAAAACUUUGAAGAAGUUUGGCUUAAAUAUUCAAAAUUAUCCUGACACAUAAAACUAUUAUUGAAAGUUAAGAUUCUGGAGACCAUAUUACACUUACGAAUCUCAGUUAAACCAAGGAUAAUAACUGUUUACAAUAAUUACAACAGGAACUUUAAUUUUACAGUUAAAUUUAAUAGGCAUUGUUGCAGCUGAUUUUAGGUAUAAAAUAAAAUAAAGAUUUGUACAGUGGAAAAAGUAUAGAGGUAUGCAAGAAGUAUUUUUAAUUUACUUUUACUAACACAUCGUGUAAAAAGUUUAAGGAAAUGUAGAAAAAAAAAUCCUUUUAUUGAAACGAAAUAAAUUUCAUUUGAACAGAUUAUAUUAAAGGAGAUCA